CAACAUUUUGCCCCACACUCGCUCAUAAAAUAUUUCACUACUUGCAUUGACCGCAAGUACAAGUUCAUUCUCUCCCUUCUCACAAGCUCUCUAAACAACAAAUUCAGUGUGUCCUUGUUGCUCAACACUCUUACAUCACCUUCAUCAUGUCUACUGAACAAACUUUCAUCGCCGUUAAGCCUGAUGGCGUUCAGCGCGGCCUUGUCGGAGACAUCAUCUCCCGUUUCGAGAAGCGAGGAUACAAGCUGGUUGCUUUGAAGCUCGUCACUCCCUCCAAGGAGCAUCUCGAGAAGCACUAUGCCGAUCUCUCUGAGAAGCCUUUCUUCAAGGGCCUUGUCACAUAUAUGUUGAGCGGUCCUAUCGUUGCUAUGGUCUGGGAAGGCCGUGACGCAGUCAAGACUGGCCGAACGAUCCUUGGUGCCACCAACCCUCUUGCCUCUGCCCCCGGUACCAUCCGAGGUGACUAUGCCAUUGACGUCGGCCGCAAUGUCUGCCACGGCUCCGAUAGCGUUGAGAACGGAAAGAAGGAGAUUGCCUUGUGGUUCAAGCCCGAGGAGGUUGCCAGCUACAAGUCGGCCCAGUUCGACUGGAUCUACGAGAAGGCAUAAAUUGUUGAGCGAGUGAGACGAUAGAUGGUACAUGAUACGAGGGUCAAGUUUUCCAACACCUUCUAGGAUGGCCAUCGUCUAUGUCAACUCAUGAAGUCAAGACAGGCAUGAAUAGAUGUAUCCAAAAUUGGGUAAUCAAGAAAAUGAUGGUACAAGUCUAAUGUGACAUAUCAUGUAAUGCUGGGAUCUCGUUAGGCAGCGUGCGGCUUACCGGGUCCAAAUAGAACGGACAACGUUGCCGACAGGGAUAAUUGUCCAGCGGGCAAACCAAGGAGAGGCCCAGACACUGAGAGCAAGACGAAAAGGUAGCAAUACCUUGACGGCAGCAUAUGCAGUUGCCAACUCGACGAUCCACCUGGUGGAGUUGUAGUUACGACCAGACUGUUGGG